AUGAGUUCUGUUGGUGUGGCUGAUAAGAUGGUGGAACAGCUGAAUGCAAAGAAACAUCCUUUCAUAAUGUGCAAUUUCGCUCCACCCGAUAUGGUCGGCCAUACUGGUAUCUAUGAAGCCGCCGUUAAAGCCGUUGAAGCAACCGACACUGCGAUUGGACGAAUCUAUGAGGCAUGCAAGAAAAAUGGCUACAUUCUAAUGGUUACGGCCGAUCACGGCAACGCAGAGAAAAUGAUAGCGCCGGACGGUGGAAAGCAUACUGCUCAUACCUGCAACAAAGGUACUAACCUUGAGAGCCUGGCAAUAACAAUAAUUGCCGUUUGCUCGAACUUUGAUUUGAAUGCAUCAGUCAGGAAACCAGUCCCUCCACUACUUAUUAGUGCAUUUUAA